AUGACCACUUUUCAACCUGUAAAUACCAAUCUUGCGCCGGAUUCACACGGGCGCAAUGGAGAGGAAAUGACUCCAACGACACCUCGACCAAAUACUGCACCAAGUAUACAGCCACCCCCAUUGCACCGAGAUGAUGCAACAACACCAACAAGAGCCAACUUUGGUGCUCUAGCAAGCCAGAGACCUCUUCCGACAGCCCCUUUCCCUGCCGCCAUCAAUGUUCCUGCGAAUGACCAAUCUGCGAACCAAAUUCCACAUCGUGGUGACUCUCGUCACUCUGCACAGUCUAAAGAAUCAGAAGAUGUUGAAAUGGGCGACUCGGACGACGGAGAAGAGGGGUCGGAUGAUGAGAGCGUAAAUGCAGAUGGCACCAAGACAAAGAAGAAGAAAUCCCAAAGGUUCUUCUGCACAGACUUUCCACCCUGUGGCCUCAGUUUCACCCGUAGUGAGCAUCUUGCAAGACAUAUCAGAAAACACACUGGUGAACGCCCGUUUCAAUGCCACUGCUCACGAAGAUUCUCUCGACUCGACAAUCUACGACAACAUGCACAAACUGUUCACUUGAACGAGGAGAUCCCCCAAGACUCCUUAGCUGCGACUGGCACAAGGUUCCAGCGCCAAGUCAGAACAGAAAAAAUCAGGGCGCCGGGCAGAGCGAGAGCCUCUACAGCAAGUAGUCAGUCAAGCCAAGGUAGGGGCCAUCAUCGAAAUUCCUUAUCGGCAUCUAGCAUUCAGAGUAUGGGUUCUGUCUCUUCUGCGUAUAGCCAAGGGGGAGAUGUCAGACGACGCCCACCACCUUUAAGUAUCGCCAGCGAUCGUGCAAGAUAUUCACAAGAAAUUUAUCGAGCCGAUAGCCCGUCGAGUCAAUUUGGAGGAUAUCGUCCCAAUUCACCAGGCGGCUUUAGUACUCCAACUUCAGCUACAUUUUCAACUGGCAACAACAGUCCUCGCUGGGGAUCCGGUAUGCAAUCGCCAAUCUCUUCUCACUCCAGGACAGCCAGUCUGUAUGCUGAGCAUCGAACUCCGGGCCGGAGAUUGUCUGUACCAUCUGCAAAUCCGUUUACAUCUCCACAUGGAAACUCCCCCUUCGGUCCGAGCCUCCUAACACCUAUAAAUUCGUCGAAUAUGGGCUCGUUCUCCCCCUCGAGUAGUAUGAUUGCUAGCCCCACUACCUCGACUAGUGGAUCAAUAUUCUCAGGACGUCGGGAGUCAAUCAAUGCAGCAGAUGAUUUCAGACGUAGAACAUGGCACCCAGACGUUACCUCUUCAGGAUAUACGCAGAGCAGGCUGCAAGUUGUCACAACACCAAAUUACUAUUCACAUGGACCCCCGCCUCAGCCUACGUCGAUCGUUCCAAGUAAUGCACCACCAUUGCAAUCGAUGCGGCUCCCUGGUAUUGAGAGUUUUGAUCCUAUUCGAAGACCAACCACCCCUCCCAAACGUCAACCAAGUCCAAUGAUGGUUGACACCCCAAGCCGAGUUCUUCCCCAAACUUCUGAGCAAUACCAUGGCGAACGGCGAAACAGCCAGCACUGGGAUAUGGGCAUCAAUCGUAAUCUUAAUAGACUUGACAUCGCACAGGGCACGCCGCCAACCGAUGCCGCUAGUUCCUGGGCUUCGGAAGCGAACAGAGCAGUUCAAGCACAAGCUGAGCAAACUCGCACUCAACCAGUUGUACGUUUCGAGGAGUCUCCAUAUUCCGCAAGGGCGCAGGCGAAUGGAAGUUGGCACCAUCAUACUGUCAGUGCGCCGCCCAUCACACCAAAAGAGUCAAAGCGGCAAGCUUGGUACCACGGUCCUGUACCAUCCCAACAUACCGCACCGGUUCAACGAACAUCGCCUGUCGAUUCCAGCGGUUCCGAAGGGGGGGUUCCUGGAACUCCACUAAGUUCCAAUACCGGGGAACUCAACCCGGGAAUUGUUCACUCCAGUGGCUGGGUCGAGAAUCGUCAUGGCAAUGGUGUUGUCCCAGUUCCACAAAACCGAGUAGUCCCAUCGAAUGGAUAUGCUGGUUAUCCUUCCCACAACGGUGUUGAAGGGGCAUAUACGUAUGCACCUGGCUCUCAACCGAGACAAGUGCAACAACACCAUAUCCCCAAAACUACCGACAGCAACAUGCUAAGGCUAGAAGCUUUGGUAGCAGUAGCUACCAGCGAGGGGAAUGUGGCAGCCACUAGUUAUUAG